CGGGGCCACCUUUUGUUCGAGGAGGGGCGGGAAGCGGGCAGACGGCGCCCGUCGAGGACGGCGAGCAGGACGCAGCAGGCGGGGGCAGCAGACCCUUCCCUCCCGGGGACCGGAGCGAGAUCAGGCGGGGGCUGCCAGCCCGGCCCGCCUCCCUUCUCUCCCUCCGCUGCCACACGCCUCCCUCCCUGCCCCUCUCCGCUCCGCCGGGCAGGUACCAAGUGGCCGGACCAGCCUUGCCUCGGAUCCAGGAGAAAAUGCUGUCCAACAAGGUGGAGAAACGGAUUGCCUCAUCCAUCUUCAUCACCCUCACUCCACCCAGAAGGGACCACAUGGUGAGAAGUGAAGCAAAGUCACAGAGGACUCAACUUCCACCCAGCAACAGCCUCUCCAAGGAGGCAUUGAAGUCUGCUGCUCCCUCCCUGAUCCAAACAUCUUCUGGUGCUGUUAAAGGGAGCAGAGGCUGCUAUAGAGGGACAGUGGGCAUUUCCAAUGGAGGUUGUUCUGCCUUGCCAACUCCUCCCAUCCUGUCCUGUAAUGCAGUGGACCCUAGCCUGGAUAGCAUCUUUCCUCCACCACCACCAUGUGCUAAACCUUUCUCAGUGGAGACACUUGGUCCUGAUCUCCAGACACAAACAUCAGUUUCCCCCACAUCCUUGCAGACAACUUCAACCUUUGCAGCAGAACCGAGGCAACCUAAAAUUAUGACUUCAACCCUUGGCUGGGCUGGUGAGCAUCAGACAGAGAGGAAGGUGGAGAAUAGUGUUGCAAAAGAUAUCUGUGCUUUUUGUCACAAAAACAUCUCUCCUGGGACUCCCACGCUUGAGGCGAUGAACAAACAGUACCAUGCUGACUGUUUCACGUGCCGGACAUGUCACAGUGCCCUGGUGGGGCAGCGCUACUACCAGAAAGAGGGACGGCCCCUGUGUGUCACCUGCUACCAGAACACCCUGGAGAAGUGUAGAAAGUGCCAGGCCUUAAUUGUGAACCAAAUUGUGCGGGCCAUGGGCCAUGGAUUCCACCCGGAGUGCUUCACCUGUGUCGUAUGCCACCGGGCCAUUGGCGACGAGGUCUUUGCUGUUGGCGACGACGAUGCUGUGCAUUGCCUAGAUGACUUCUACAGGAAGUAUGCUUCUGUGUGCAGUGCCUGUGAGAGGCCCAUUAUCCCAAGUGACGGAAGGGACUCAUACAAGAUAGAGUGCAUGGGGCAAAACUUCCAUGAGGACUGCUACCGCUGUGAAAGAUGUUGGGUCUUGCUGUCCCCAGAACCCACAGAAGAGGGCUGCUACCCUCUGGGAAGCCACCUCCUCUGCAAGUCCUGCCACAUCAAACACACUGAAGAAUCAUCUUGCUGAGCAAAUGAAUGACAAGCAUAUUUCCAGACGCUGCAGCACAGAGCACAGGAGCCGGGCAGUGGUGUGCUUCAGCAUUUGGACGUCCUCUUUUGUGCCUCUCCUGUUAACUUUCAACUGAGCCUUGGGGUGGGGGGGAACCUUUCAGUGUUGGGGAUUAGUCCUGGGGUUGUGUGUAAUGCAAUGGUUGGCAACAAGGCUGGCUAAAAGUCUAGGGCGGAGUUAUAGGAAUCUCCCCCUACCGCAUUGUUCUUCCUUCCAGUGGCCUUGGCUGUAACAGCCUGUAGCAGUGCGAUGCCUCUCCUGGGAGAGAGACUAAGCCAGGAGAAGGGUUUUUUUUUUACCACUAGAGGGCACAUGUGAAAGGUGGUCAACUGUCAAUCAUCCAUGGGUGAGAUUCCCCCCCCCCCUGCAGGCUGCCAAUUGCUUUCCACUGGUGUAAUAUAUGAGCAUCUUUUUCCAAAGAGGGCCAAUUGCUAGAUAUAUAAUGUGCGGAACUCUUUUCAGCCAGCAGAACACGCUAUGGAUGUGUGUGCAGCUGAGCUGCAAGGCGGUUGAUGAAUUCCAAACUUCUUCACUUGGGAUUUGUUCCCUACCUUUUGCUUCGCCAGUCCAGCAAAGCCUCAAGGCUAUUGGGAGCAAGACUAUUGGUAUAAAAGCAGCAUAACCUUACAAGCACCUUUCUUUUCCUGAGUUUAUGUUUCCCUCCCUGUUCUUCAGAGCCCUAUCUGAAAUCCCAUGGCAGGGCUGAGAGUAUAGCUUCUUGUCAUUGAGCAUGGGGGAUAUAAGUCUUAGGGCCACCUCUAUCUGGGAGAUCUCUGGGGGGAACUGAGCAGUAAGUUGUUAGGAAGCUUUAUUACAGGGUCUUUUAACAAUGUAAGUCCGCAUUCCCAGCUGUCAUCCGCCUUGCUUGAAGAGGUGAUAAGGAAGGAGGUGAGGCCUGGAACAAAUUGAGGUGUGUCAUGACCUCACAAAUGCAUCAGGCUUAAUCUGGGGGGCGAAAGGCUAAGCUCCAGGACCAGAUCUCAGUGGCAAGGCUCAAAACAUGUGAUGUGGUCAUGAAGGCAAGCCUGCUUUUGAGCAAAUACAGAACACACCACAAGCAAAGGACUAUAAACUGGGCCUUGCCACCUGUAGAUUUGCUGUGUUGUUAAUGUAUAAAUUAAGACUAUCACACAUUAUUGUGCGAUACUUUUGGUUUUGCUUGGAGCACCAAUCUGAGAAACACCUAAUUGUGACUCAUAUGCUUGCACCAGUAUCAACCUGGGCAAAUGUUUCAUUUUGCCUGAUAAAAAAUUAAGACUGUAUGUGUCUAUAUGCACGCUCACUUGUGCAUACUGAAGGCACCUUGCCCAGCCCAUUAACACACAUCUUAUCCACCAGGGGGCAGCACAAGGCAACACUACCUUAAUAGCAGGUUCUGGCAAAGGCUAUUUAUUAGGUAUGGGGAAAAGGGUCUUUCCACCUUCAAUUUAGCCUGAAACUGUCACGGUAUCAAAAAUUGUUUUGCAGUCUUAAUCAUAUAUAUAUAUAUAUUUGUACCAAUCAGUUGUUUAAAUGCACAGAAACAAUGUACGGGGUGUGGGAUUGUUAUGACUAUUAUGAUUUUUGUAUGCUUUUGAUAUCUUUCCUGUCUGUCUGCUGGACUGCGCUGAUGUUGACUUGACUAUGGAAACAAUAUCAGGAAGCCGUAGCUGGCAUCAAAAUUACCACACAUGUACGCAAACUUAAUUAAACCUGACUUCAAAUGCAA